GUCGUCUUUGUGGGCGUUUGAGCAAUUCGUAUUAGCUGUCCAGACCAAGAUGAAUUGAUGUAUAUCUUUCAGAUUCAGACCGUGAUAGGACACAGACAUACGUGCACUAUCAAGCUUCAUUUCUAUUUCUGCAGCAGUGCACACGCAAUUCUAUUUCUGCAGCAAACUCGAAUUCUUGCCCUAUCAAGAUGCCUGGGAUCAUCCUUGCGCACGAUCGUUUUUUCGAUGAACAAGUCGCUCUGCACCAUGAAUGGAGACGUGGCUCCGUCAUCUCGAUGAGGACCAGGAGUUUGAAAACCAGUUUCGCAACUUCGUGCGACCGAACCAGAGCAAACAGCUCCGCGGUCAGAAAUUUCUUUUUCGGCGACAGUUGCUACUACGACGACCUCCACGACGCCGCCCAAAAAGCAGAAGCCGCUGUCGGUGUUGCCACCGCCUACCACGAAAAGUCAGCCCCGAUUCCCAGAACCUUGCACUACGUGAGCAGUGCUCACAGCGCACUGUCCUGGUACGACAACCUGCACACCGGAUCACCCACCGUGUCUGCACUGCUCAUGCGACCGGUUUUGUCGUUGCUGCAAACGCUGCCUUUGAAAAUCUUUUGUUACCUCUUGGUCGACCUGCCACUGCACAGCAUUAGACUGACCUCACACUUAGCCUUACAAUCUGCGCAGAACCAAGCGGUCUCGCCCAGAUUAGAGCAUUUGCUCAAGGGAGCGAACGCGGCGUUGAAAAAUAUCGACGGUAUCGACCCUGCAGCGACCGUGUACGUGAAGAAGUGGCGCGCGAAUCCUGAGUUCAAUAACUACGAAAUCCACAGCCAGCACGCUCCGGGAAGAAAAGUACAGCCGUAUUGGCGAAGUCCGUUUGAAUGGCUAAGACACUACGACUACACGCCAGGACAGUUUCUUUUUUGAGGAAGAUCGCAUAAAAUCAUGCGUCCGAACAAAUUAUAGACGCCGGGCUUAGGUAAAGCUAAAGAAACGAAUAUAGACAAACUCAAACAGAAUUCUGCAACAAGUAGCACGGUGGUGUGGGAUCUUGUAGAAAGUACAUACUAGUACUACAUCUACAUGCUGCUGCGCGAGGGGAACCAGUGUGUAUUGAGUGUAGGUCUGUUCAAAAGUAGCAGGACGCACACAAAGUGUAGACAAGAUCAUCCUUGCUUUAUCCGAUUCAAAAACG